GUUUUUGGGCCCAAUCGCUCAUGGCAUUUAACCCUAUCACGAAUGGUACUAAAAUAUUGAGUACGGAAGUGGCCGCCAAGGACAGCCUCACAUGUAUACAUGGCCUCCGCGUUUUUUCCUUAGGCUGGGUUGUCAUGGUUCACACCUACCUACAGGUAUUCUCUAUAGCUGAGAAUAAAACCCUGCGCACUGUUACGGAGAGGAACUUCAUGUACCAGACAAUCAGCAAUGCCACAUUUUCGGUGGAUACUUUUUUUUUCAUCAGUGGGCUCCUAGUGACAAUUCUCUUCUACCGUUCAACAGGGCCCGAUGAAAUAGUCGAAAAGAACUUCUUGAAACUUAGCUGCAAGAAAUUCAUGAUUAUGCUCAUCUACCGAUUUAUCCGAUUAACACCAGCCUAUCUGUUUGUCUUGGGUAUGAAUGAAGUAACAAUCAAGUAUACUCAAGCACGUACAGUGUUUUCUCCAGCCAUCAUUGACCAUUUAACAUGUGAAAAGUUCUGGUGGAGGAAUGCUCUCUAUGUGAACUCUCUUUAUCCAAGAACUGAGAUGCGUUAUAAGGAUGAUAAUUGGUCGAAUACCACUUUAAUUGCCAAAAAUAAGAAAAACAAUAAAUAUCAAAAGAUUAUGUACCUGACGGCGAUAGUUUGA